CACCCCUUGCUUCCAAGGUCGGCGGCGUCGCCUGUCUCACUUCUGUUCCCCCGUCUGCUGCCGCUCCUGCACUAUCCCACAAGACAGAGAGAGACAGAGAGAGAGAGAGAUGGAUUCGGACGAAGGGAAACUGUUCAUCGGUGGUAUAUCGUGGGAGACCACCGAGGAAAAGCUCAAGGAUCACUUCGGAGACUACGGGGAGGUCCUCGACGCCAUCAUCAUGAGGGACAAGGCCACCGGUCGGCCUAGGGGCUUCGGCUUCGUCGUCUUCGCCGAUCCGUCCGUCCUCGAUCGCGUCCUCCAGGACAAGCACUCCAUCGAUGGCCGCACCGUGGAAGCUAAAAGGGCCCUUUCAAGAGAAGAGCAGCAAACAUCUGCUAGAUCAGGAAACCCUGUUGUUGGGAGGUCAGUUGGAACAACUGCUGGUGCAAACAUAAGGACCAAGAAGAUAUUCGUUGGAGGGUUGCCUCCGACUCUAACUGAGGACGGAUUUCGUGAGUACUUCGAGUCCUAUGGUCCUGUGACAGAUGCAGUUGUGAUGUAUGAUCAAAACACACAUCGUCCUCGUGGCUUUGGGUUCAUCUCUUUUGAUUCAGAGGAUACUGUUGAUAAAGUUCUUCAGAAGUCCUUUCAUGAUCUGGAUGGCAAGCUUGUGGAAGUCAAACGUGCCCUUCCUAAAGAUGCAAAUCCAAACACUGGCAGUGGUCGGUCAAUGGGAAGUGGGCCCUAUCAACCCUAUGGUGGUUCAAGUGGUAACACUAGUUCUUAUGAUGGUACGCCGGAUGCUAAUAGGUAUGCACAACCUCAAGCAGCAGGUGGUGGGUAUCCAACUUACGGUUCCUCUGGCUAUGGCACUCCUGGUUAUGGGUAUGGAGCAGCUAACAAUGGUGUUGGUUAUGCGGGUUAUGGUGUUGGGGGCUAUGGAAAUGCUACUGUUGGGUAUAGUGGACCUACUGGGGCCUAUCCAAAUCCGAAUGUUCCAGCUGCUGGCUAUGUAGGUGGCAACCCAGGUGCUCAGAGGAACCUUUGGAGUAAUCAAGCUCCAACUGGUUAUGGUUCUGCAGGCUAUGGGGGAGGCACAACUUAUGGUCCAGCCUCUUCAUGGAAUGCUUCAGCAUCAAGUGUUGGAUCUGGUGCAGCACCAACUGGUCAAGGUGUAACACCUGGAUACGUGAGUCAGGGUUAUGGUUAUGGUACAUAUGGAGGGUCAGAAGGGCCUUAUGGUAAUCAAGGUGGCUAUGGGUCUUCUGGUGGACGCCCAGUUUCUAAUCCUUCAGGCAAUUCAGGUGAACAAGGAGUAGGUUCUGCUUACAUGGCUGGUGGUUAUGGGGAUGCUAAUGCAGGCGCAGGUUAUCCAAAUUCUUGGAGGUCUGACCCUUCACCCUAUGGAGUUACUCAGGCAAAUGGGCCCCCUGGCGGCCCAGUAAGUUAUGGAGGUGGUUAUGGAGGUUCUCAGGGCAGGCAAGCCCAGCAGCAGUAACUGCAGAACGAUUUCAGUUCCAACUAGGGGUAUUCAAGAACGAGGAAUGCCUUCUUUCUUUUGCAGCUAAUGCCCCUCUCUUAUGUUUCAUGGGCCAUUGUGUCCAGCUUUUGGCAAAGGGAAGAAAAAGAUCUAUCCCGGGUUGGACUGCUUGGUCUCAGUAGUUAAACUGCAAUUCUCUUCCUAGUAUAAAAUAAGUAGUAGUUUUGAGGAGUAGUGGGUACCUCAUAUUAUUGUUCUAGAAGCUUCCAGUUCUCAAGUUUGGUGUGAUUUGAUGUGUUAUUCCGCAGCUAUAUUUCUAGAACUUUUAUACCCUAGCUUUGCCUCUAGUUACAAGCUAGAGUAGCUUAUAGGCCUUUAUUAUGUUGUGUUUGGAUAAUGUAGUUAACUAUAAUAUCUGUGAUAUUGGCUUUAGUAUUCUAUUUA